AUGCGUCGCAGCACCUUUCCGUCGCGGCCUGUCAAGCCUGACGUCGCCGUGCGUGCACCCGAACCGCCGAAGCGCAAGGUAUUCAACUGCAUCGUUGACGACACGGCUCUGAUUGCUGGCGUCAAGAAGAGCACGCGCGAUGGCAUCCGCAAGUGGAUCUUGCAAGACGCCAUACGCCUAUUUGUACCGCUGCAUACACUCACUCAGCUCCAUCGCCUCAAGAAUGGUACCGAGCGCAUCAACGCCGAUGCACGUGAAGCCGUCAAGUGGCUCGACGAAGUCACCUCUAACGAAGCCGCAAGCCGCGUCCAGCUCGAAGGCGUUGACGAGGCAUACACUACAUGGGCAGAAGUAGAGCAGUUCCUGCUACCUGAGACACUGCUCUCCAUGGAGGAUAGCGAGUCAGACGAUGAUGGCUAUCACGAGGAUCUCGAGAGUUCCUUCAACGCCCUCGACAUGUCUGAUGAGACAUCUAUGAGCUCCACGCACAGCUUCGAGCAUGUUUCAAAGACGCCCGGUUCGCCACAGUCGUUCUCGAGCAAGUACUCGAAGCCUGCCGAGGGAAUCGCACAAACGGAAACCCCUACUAUGACGACUGAGUCUCCUAGCCGCACCGCUCGCAACAGUAACGAGAUUGGCCGUGCCGACAAGUCGGCCAAGGGUGCUGUGCCUACCUACUUCCAACCUCUCUUCAACCACAUCUUGUGGCGCAUCAACCAAGAGGGAAACCCCGACACAGCCCUGGAGUCCUUCAUUCUCCUCACCAAUGAUCCUACCAAGCAAGCGAUCGCCCAAAAGUUUGGCAUCCGCGCAAAGCGCCUAGAGCAGCUUCGGGAUGCUGUUGCCCGUGAAGACCGCGAGUACAAGAACCAUCUGACUAUCCACAAGAUUGAGGUGGAAGCGACUGCCGCCAAGACCAGCACCCCGAUCGUACCCAAAGCGGUAGAACGACCCAAGUCCAGCCCUGCGCAUGAGAUCAAGCAGGAGGAGAACUCGGACGAUGAGGAUGAAGUGCUAUUCAAGCGCGCCCCACGAGGCCCGGCAGCUACCACUCCCAACAACCAGCGCGUCUUCGACCCGAACGACUUCGCACGCACGAACCAGCACCAGCCUGUACGCGGUGGACGUGGUGGACAUGGUGGACAUGGUGGACAUGGUGGACAUGGUGGACAUGGUGGACAUAUGGCCCCUCGAGGUCGUGGCGGUCCAGCUUUCCGAGGCCGUGGCAACUUUGCACCACGCGGUGCAUACGUUCCCCCUGGCCCAGCUUUCCGAGCACCGCCUGUCCCUCGUCACGACCCGAACGCACCUCUUGAUCCCGACUCGUUCUCUCGUCCUGCCCCUAAGGUAGGCCCAGUCCGCGGCGGCAACCGACGCAAGUUGUGGGAACCGAAUUAGGCAUCCGGUGAUGAGCGUCGUCAACAGAGACGCACUGAUUAAACUCUUAACUACCAUGGUCGUCCGAACCGGAACGCGGAAUGCUGAAGAAUGAUCGAGACAUAACGGCAUCAAUCAGCACAUUAGAGGCUUGAGCCGGGACAGUCGCUGUAAUGCUACAGUCUGCACCAUUCAAAGGUCCUUGACAGCUGAAAUCGUCUGGUCAGAAAUCCGAGCACUGGUAUGUUGGAGCCGCGUGGCCCUACUAUAUGUCCACGUUCGGUCAACCUCCCAGCGGUCGCUACAUCUGUGGCUGCUAGUUCAGGCUCGACCAAUACACCCACACAAACACUCUCUUGAGGGGUACAUGGUACCUUUUUUUUGAGAGCACUUCUCUCUUACAUUGUUUUUGCUUCAUUUCUUCUCGCCUUGAUCAAAUUGUACGGAAAAUUGGAACCGUCUCAUACUUUAUGGGAAGUGCGUUGCCGGAAAAACAAGCUUCAAUUCUUGCUUUGUUGUUCCUUUUUCAUUGGUAACUACUGUCACUUCCGUAUCUACAAGAUGGAGCAGAAUGCGAUAUAAGGGGACAACAUUAGGUUACACAAGUUUAUCUAUAGUUGCAGAGUAACAGAAAUAACAUACAUGCGUCUUUGCUUU